CAAGUCCACGUCCACCACUUAGCACUCACGCUGCUCGCUCGCUCGCUCGUACACGCGCCCGCUUCGCGCAGGGAAGGAACCGUGGGAGGGAAGCGGACGGACAUGAUGCACGCCAAGUCGGAGUCGGACGUGACGAGCCUGGCGGCGUCGUCGCCGCCUCGGUCGCCGAAGCGGGGCGGCGGCGCCGCCGGCAACGGCGGCUACUACGUGCAGAGCCCGUCGCGGGAGUCGCACGACGGCGGCUACAAGUCCUCGUCGAUGCAGCCCACGCCGGUCUACAACAGCCCCAACGAGUCGCCGUCGCACCCCUCCUACGGCCGCCACUCCCGCUCCUCCUCCGUCAGCCGCUUCUCCGGCAACCUCCGCAAGGGCGCCGCCGGGGACCGCAAGGUGCUCAACGACAAGGGGUGGCCCGAGUGCAACGUCAUCGAGGAGGAGGGCCCGUACGAGGACCUCGCCGGCGAUAGCGGCCUCUCCCGCCGCUGCCAGAUCAUACUCGGCUUCCUCACCUUCGUCCUCCUCUUCACCGUCUUCUGCCUCAUCAUCUGGGGCGCCGCCCGGCCGUACGAGCCCGAGGUCAUCGUCAAGAGCUUGGUGAUGGACGACUUCUACGCGGGUGAAGGCACGGACCACAGCGGCGUUCCAACAAAAUUGGUCACAACAAACUGCUCUCUGCACAUAGCUGUCUACAACCCUGCCACAAUGUUUGGAAUUCAUGUCACUUCUGGCCCCAUCCACCUGAUGUAUUCAGAGAUCCCAAUAGCAGUCGGUCAGGUUCGGAGGUAUUACCAGCCGAGGAAGAGCCACCGGAUGGUGACGGCGGUCAUCCACGGCGAGAAGGUGCCGCUGUACGGCGCCGGGGGCAGCCUGAUGCUGUCGACAAGCACGGGCGGGGCGGUGCCCCUGACGCUGGACUUGGACCUGACCUCGCGGGGCUACGUGAUCGGCAAGCUCGUGCGGGUGACGCACAAGGUGCACGUGACGUGCCCCGUCGUCGUGGACGCCAAGAAGACCAAGCCCGUCAGGUUCUCCAAGAAGGCCUGCGCCGUGUACAGGGCCUGAACUUCAAAUGCGUUUUCGUAGGCUGCGAUCCGACGGCGCAUUAGCAACGCGCGUAGGAUGCCGUGCCUGUAUUUAGUUAUCGUAUUGGUGGUGAAGAACAAUAAGCUGCACACACAUAUGGUCUGUUUGAGCCUUUUGGUUCUGCCGAUAAAUCGCGCUGUACGGCGGGUGUCCUCUUGUUCUUGCUCUUGCCUGUGUGUAUCUUUCUUUUUUUCAGGGCGCAAUCCUAGAGACGGGACGGAUGGCUGUAAACUGGUCCUAUCUGCAGAUUC